ACCAUUUGCGCCGACAAGCCCUUCUGCCAUUGAAAAGUGCUAGUAACGCUACUGCCAUUUGGCGCAGUUAAAUACAGCUAGCAGCUACAUCAAUUUGCAUAGCGUGGCGUCCUUACAGAAUUUCCCAUAUUUGUCAUUUUAAAUCGUGUUUCAGUUUAGUAUUUUUAUACAGAUAUAAAAAUGAGUUCAAUUAACGUAAAAAAACUGAAAGUUAACGAGUUGAAGGACGAGCUGAAAAAGCGUCAGCUGUCGGACAAGGGGCUGAAGGCCGAGUUGAUGGACCGGCUGCAGGCCGCGCUUGACGAAGAGGCCCUGGCUGGAGAUGAUCCCAUUGGGCUGGAGGCCGCGGAGGGAGGCAGCUCUGGGGCCGCUGAUGAUCAAGAGGACAUGGGGGAAGACGAAGAAGACGACGAGGAUCCGGUCGAAGAAAGCAUGGAGGCCAACGAGGAGGAGGAGAAUGGAAACGGAGAGGGAGACCCCGCCGUAGAAUGCGAGGAGAACGCGGCUCAGGAGGACGACGAAAUGGGCGAGGUGGAAGAUGAAGACAUGGAUCCAAUGUUGAAGGAAGGUGUGGACGACAUGGAGAAAAUAACGUUAGACGCAGAGGAUGGUGAGCCUGGAGAUCAGCCAGCAGAGGGGGAUGCGGACAAAGACACGAAUGCUGAUCAGAAGAAUAAGAAGGGUGUUAAGAGACGCCGGGAGGAACAUGGAAGGGGCUACUUUGAAUUUAUUGAAGAGAACAAAUACAGCUGGUCUAGUCUCAAGUCUCCACUGCCACCCCUGGAAGAGGAAGAUGAAGAGUUUGACGAUACAACAGUCUGCCUGGACAACUAUAACUGCGACCUGCACUUCAAGGUGUCCCGGGACCGGUACAGCGCGUCCUCUCUCACCAUGGAGAGCUUUGCCUACCUUUGGUCUGGGGGCAGGGCCUCGUACGGCCUGACCCAGGGCAAGGCCUGUUACGAGAUGAAGUUAACUGAGAAGAUUCCAGUGAAGCACAUCUUCAGUAAGAACAUGGAGGUCCAUGAGGUCCAGGUUGGAUGGUCCAUGGCCACUGGCAGUCUGCUCCUCGGUGAGGAGGAGCAUUCUUAUGCCUACUCUGGCAAAGGCAAGAAGACUACCAACUGCGUGACUGAAGAUUUUGGAGAGACUUACGAUGAGAACGACGUCAUCUGCUGCCUCAUCAACUUUGAGGGCGAGGAGGUGGAGAUUUCCUUUUCUAAGAAUGGUAAGGAGCCAGUUGUGGCCUUCCAGGUCAGUAAGGAGUCCCUGGCAGGGAGAGCUCUCUUCCCACAUGUCAUCUGCCACAACUGUUCUGUGGAGUUCAACUUUGGCCAGAUGGAAACACCCUACUUCCCCCAGCCAGAGGGCUACACCUUCCUGCAGCAGGUCGCCAUGGACGACCGUGUACGCGGACCCAAGGGACCCAACACCAAGAAGGAGUGUGAGGUGAUUGCUAUGGUAGGCCUGCCCGGCUCAGGAAAGACCACCUGGGUGAACAAGCACAUCCAGGAGAACCCUGGGAAAUAUUACAUCCUGGGCAGCGACACCAUCGUGGAGAAGAUGAUGAUUGGCAGCUUGAAGCGUCAGGCGAAGGACACAACUAAGCUCACGGCCAUUUCCCAGCGUGCUCCUCUCUUCCUGGGCAAGUUCAUUGAGAUCGCUGCUCGCAAGAAGAGGAACUAUAUCCUGGACCAUACCAACCUGUCUGCCCCAGGCCAGAAGAGGAAGAUGUGUCUGUUUGCUGGGUACCAGCGGAAGGCUGUGGUGGUCUGCCCCUCAGACGACGACUACAAGGAGAGGGCCCAGAAGAAAGCAGAGAGCGACGGCAAAGACGUGCCCGAGCACGCUCUCCUCAAAAUGAAAGGAUUCUUCACCCUGCCAGAGGAGGGCGACAGCUUCGCUGAGGUGAGCUACGCUGAGCUGCAGAAGGAGGAGUCCUCCAAGCUAGUGGAGCAAUACAAGGAGGAGAGCAAAGCGGCCCUGCCGGCUGAGAAGAAGCCCAACCAGGGGGCCUUGACCCCCAAUAGAGGAGGUGUUGUCCGGGGUGGAGGCAGAGGCAAGAACCAGUUCAACCGUGGAGGAGGACCCGGCCAGAGAGGAGUUGUACGAGGAGGCUUCCAGCAGAGGGGCAACUUCAGAGGAGCUCCAGGUCCUCGUGGUGGGUUCACUCGCCCCCCUCGAGGCUUCAUGCCCCCUCCAGCCUUCAGGGGUGGAUUCGCCAACCGGGGCAACUUCAACAGGGGCGGCGGCCUCAUGGCCCCCCAGCGUGGGGCCCCAAGAGGGGGACCAAUUAGGGGCAACAUGGGCUACAGAGGUGGAGCCAUGAACAGGGGCGGUCCACCAAUGAACAGAGGUGGAGCCAACAUGAGCCGGGGAGGUGGAGCCAACAUGAGCCGGGGAGGUGGAGCCAACAUGAGCCGGGGAGGUGGAGCCAACAUGAGCCGGGGGGGUGGAGCCAACAUGAGCCGGGGGGGUGGAGCCAACAUGAGCCGGGGGGGUGGAGCCAACAUGAGCCGGGGCGGCGGAGGAAACAGGGUCAACUUUAACCAGGGGUUCCAGCCCAGAGGAGGCAGCAGCCGUGGAAACUUUGGCAAUAAGAGCAGCGGAUUUGGUGAUGGCAGGAAUGCUGGAGGUCGUGGUGGCGGAUUUGGGGACAGUAGAAACUCUGGAGGACGUGGCGGGGGAUUUGGGGACAACAGGAACGCUGGAGGACGUGGCAGGGGAUUUGUGGACAGCAGGAAUGCUGGAGGACGUGGAGGCUUUGGUUUCGGCAUGGACAAGGCUCAGGCCUUCAACCAGAGCUGGCAGCAAGGGUUAUGGAACCAGAAGCCAUGGAGACAGCAGUAUCAGCCAGGAUACUAUUAAAGACUUUCUGAUCAAAAGGACUGGUGGAAAAUAAUGGAAACUCACCACGAGCCACAGACGUCCGUCUCUCCCACCACCUGUUUUUUUUCUAGAACCAACUUUUAAAUUAAAAACAAAAAAUACGACAAGACUAUGGAGCAACAUUCCACAUGAGGAAAGGAGUCUCUUUGAAGCUUUAUGGGUUUUUUCAUUUGAUUUUGUACAUUUUAUGAUAUUUUUCCAAAUUUUAAAGAAAUCCCAUGCUUUUAAAAAAUCCCAUGUUUGAGAAAUAUACCACAACAUUUUUGCUCUGCUUCAGUGAAAUGUUUGAAAGAUUUUCAUGGUUGUGCUUUUCUUUUUCUUUUUUUUACUAAAUGUAAAUAUUGUUUGUUGUAUAAGGAGUGAGAACACUUACUAACUGAAAGGAACCAUCUUUUGAGGCAUGGUAGCAAUAUUAUUGUUAGUGAUUGUAUAUGUAGUCCGUAAGCAACAAACAGUUAUUUUGCGUCAAACGCCAUUAUUAGAUUUGUCUAUUGUUAUUUUUCAUUAUAACGUCAAGCAUGUAAUCUAAACUCCAUAGAUCUACAAUAAACAACAUAUUUGCUUUUUUACAAACUUCUAUGGCUUAUGACUUUUAAUUGAGUUCAAAGGUUACCUAAAGUACCUUUUGAAUGGGCAAUGGCCUGGUUUGCUACUUCAAACAACAAGGACAUCCGCCCUCAUCUCACCACAGUUGGCGCUUCACAUUAUGCUACCUAUUGAUGUAAUUCAUCCAUCAUUGAUGCACAACUAGCUUUUCUUUCCAUCUUCAAUGAUGCAAAAGAUUCCCAAUAAGAAUAAACUAAGAGCGACUAGGGGUGUAUUCCCUAGGGAGCAAGUUAAACGGGGAGGGAGCUUUUGAAACCGGAGUUCCUCCAAUAGAAACUAGUUUUUCGUUGCAAAUGUUUUCAGUUUUUGAUGACACCCCUGUUCAUCUGGAUGCAUUGUACUUUAAAUAACUUUUUGAGCAAAGUCAUUUCUAUAGGACAGUUUCCGUAGGAUAUUGGAAGCCAUUUUAGCACUACAUUAUGCCUUUGAUAUUGUCAUUUUGUGAAUUGUAUAUGUCUUGAUAUUUAGGGCACAUUACUGAUUGUGGAACCUGACGAGGCUUGCUUCUCGGGUGUAGAUUGAAGUGUACUUUUAAUUUUUCCAUAUGUUUAUUUGGUGUUGUGGCAUUUUUAUAACCUGGUUAAGCUUUGAUUGCUGCGUUUGUAAAUAAGACUACACAUUAGGCUAGUCCUACAUGACCAAACAAAACAUUUCCCCAUUGUUUACGUUUAAUGUUCUGUGCUAUUUGAACCUAGCCUGAUUGCCAGUCUGUGCUAUCAUGCCAACUCCUUGUCACUCAUUGUCAAUGGGAGAUGGCAAGAGCACAAACAUCUGGGACCAGGCUAAUUUAAACCACUGUUUUAAUGGAAGAGUAUAUCAAUUAUGUGGCUGGUUUAGCACAUGUUCAACACUCAGUUGUAUGCUAUAUUGAAAAUGGGUGGUGGUAAAAACUACAGCAGUUUGCAUUUACACCAGCAAAUAAAGGGCUACGUCAUGUCAGUGUAUACCCACCAAUACCCUCACUGAUACUAGAUGUGAGUGACAUUGAAACAUUCAAAAACUCUCCUUCUGUAGUGUGUGUGUGUGUAAUGGAGGUUCCAGAGACCUGAAGACUUGCGUUAACUCCCGAAUGCUACAGCGUUGGCUUAAGAUCAGUGGGCUAACAGUCUUGUCACACAGACGAUCCAGGUUCAAACCAAGUCAGAGUCAUAUGGUUAAGUUGUGUGAACCCUCUGAUCAAAUGAAUUGGUGGCGGUGUAGCUGGACAAUGGCAGCUCUUACAUUUAACCUCAUGCAGCUCAGGCCGAGUAGCCUACCAGCAGUGUUAAAGUGAUGUGUGUUCCGCUAUAACAUUGUUUCUAGAUCACUGAAAACCAUUGUAUUGUGAGUCCAUUUUGUGAUUGUUUCAUUAGCUUAUUUAACAUUUUAUGAACAUGGUGUACUGUAUAUAGUUGACCACCGUUUUUCUUCUCUAUCAUUCCAAAUUGUAUGGAUGACCAUGAACUGAUUUCCGUUAUGCUUCGUGAUAAAGCAAGUGAAAAAUAACAACCAAACAGAUACAUUUUUCAUUAAAGUCAUUUGUUUCAGCAAUGUGUAUUACUUUAACUGAGUACUAUUCAAUUUAAUAUACUCAUUAAGUUGUAGGUAACUUUUGGCUUAUCUCCCUGCUGAGAUCUCUCUUUUUAUUGAAAAAAUGUUUUGAUAUUUUGUGUUUCAGUUAUGUUUUUCAAGUAUUUUUGUCAAUAAAGUGAAUGACACUGA